GGGAGGGGGGAUGGGGGGAAGCGAGAGACGGAGAUGGCAGCGGGCCGACGUGAGGGCGACCGUGUGGGGCGUGUGUGAUAGCUGCCGGCGGAAGGGAGGCGAGCAAGGCUGCGGAGCUGGAGGAAUCGAGAGCCGGCGCCAAGGCAAGGCGAGGCGGGGAAGGACAGGACGGGGACUGCGCCUGAGACCCAUCGGAGGCGGACGGAGAGCGGCUGCUGAGCGGGCGAUCCCGCCGCUAGCCCCCGGGCCCGAGUGGCGGCUCGGUGUUGGCGCAGUGAGGGAGGCAGAAGGAAGCGGCGCCGGCGGCUGCUUCAAACAAGGGAUCCUAUAAAGAAAAACAUAUCCCUCCACGGCCCGGCACCAGCGGCGGGGAGACUGCAAAAAAAAUAAAAUUAGUAGUAAUAAUAAUAACAACCAUAAACCCAGUAGUUGCAACAACAACAACAGCAGCAGCAGCAGCGAAGGCCCGGAUCCCCCCCGAACCGUCUUCCACAGGAUGAACUCGGUCAGGGCAGCCAACAGGCGACCGAGGCGAGUAUCGAGGCCGCGCCCCGUACAGGAGAGAAACAACGCCGCGGAUGAGGAUGUCCCUGCAGACAUGAUUGUGGAAGAAUCAGGACCUGGUGCACAAAACAGUCCAUACCAACUCCGGAGGAAGUCUCUAUUGUCUAAAAGAACAGCUUAUCCUACAAAACAUAAUAUGGAGGGUGCUUCCACUUCAACCUCAGAUAAUUUUGGUCAUCGAGCAAAACGUGCAAGGUUGUCGGGAAAGUUACAAGAUCUUCCAGCAUCGCCAGCAGAACAAUAUCUUCAAGUAAAAUUACCAGAUGAGGUGGUUAUGAAGAUCUUCUCGUAUCUGCUUGAACAGGACCUUUGUAGAGCAGCUUGUGUGUGUAAACGCUUUAGUGAACUAGCAAAUGAUCCAAUUUUGUGGAAACGGUUAUAUAUGGAGGUGUUUGAGUAUACCCGGCCAAUGAUGCAUCCCGAGCCAGGCAAAUUUUAUCAAAUUAAUCCUGAAGAAUGUGAACAUCCAAAUCCAUGGAAAGAAAGCUUUCAACAAUUGUAUAAAGGAGCUCACGUAAAGCCUGGAUUUGCAGAACACUUUUACAGUAGUACAGCAAGGUAUAAAGGAAGAGAAAAUAUGUUGUAUUAUGAUACAAUUGAAGAUGCCUUGGGAGGUGUUCAGGAAGCUCAUUUUGAUGGCCUUAUCUUUGUACACUCUGGUACAUACACUGAUGAGUGGAUCUAUAUCGAAUCCCCUAUUACUAUGAUUGGUGCAGCACCAGGCAAAGUUGCAGAUAAAGUUAUAAUUGAAAAUACUAGGGAUUCUACCUUUGUAUUUAUGGAAGGUUCAGAGGAUGCCUAUGUUGGAUAUAUGACAAUUAGGUUUAAUCCUGAUGAUAAAUCAGCACAGCACCAUAAUGCACACCAUUGUUUGGAGAUCACUGUGAAUUGCAGUCCGAUAAUAGAUCACUGUAUCAUUCGCAGUACUUGCACAGUUGGCUCUGCUGUAUGUGUCAGUGGUCAAGGAGCAUCUCCUACUAUCAAGCACUGCAACAUUAGUGAUUGUGAAAACGUUGGGUUAUAUAUUACAGAUCACGCACAGGGAAUUUAUGAGGACAAUGAAAUUUCAAACAAUGCUCUUGCUGGAAUCUGGGUAAAAAACCAUGGAAAUCCUAUCAUCAGGAGAAAUCAAAUUCACCAUGGGCGUGAUGUUGGGGUCUUCACAUUUGAUCAUGGCAUGGGUUACUUUGAAAGCUGUAACAUUCAUCGUAAUCGAAUAGCUGGUUUUGAGGUGAAAGCUUAUGCAAAUCCUACCGUGGUUAAAUGUGAAAUCCAUCAUGGUCAAACAGGAGGAAUUUAUGUUCAUGAGAAAGGACGAGGACAGUUCUUAGAGAACAAAAUAUAUGCAAAUAAUUUUGCUGGUGUAUGGAUUACAUCAAACAGUGAUCCAACAAUUAGGGGAAAUUCCAUUUUUAAUGGAAAUCAGGGUGGGGUUUACAUCUUUGGAGAUGGUAGAGGCCUUAUAGAGGCAAAUGACAUUUAUGGGAAUGCAUUAGCUGGAAUACAGAUUCGAACAAAUAGUUGUCCAAUUGUCCGUCAAAAUAAAAUUCAUGAUGGUCAACAUGGAGGUAUUUAUGUGCAUGAAAAAGGGCAAGGUGUAAUUGAAGAAAAUGAAGUAUACAGUAAUACCCUGGCAGGUGUGUGGGUAACGACAGGAAGUACGCCAGUGCUACGGCGAAACAGAAUACAUAGUGGAAAACAAGUGGGUGUUUACUUCUAUGACAAUGGCCAUGGAGUGCUUGAAGAUAAUGAUAUCUACAAUCAUAUGUACUCAGGUGUUCAGAUCAGAACUGGAAGCAACCCUAAGAUUCGACGCAACAAAAUCUGGGGAGGACAGAAUGGAGGCAUUCUUGUAUACAAUUCUGGUCUUGGGUUUAUAGAAGAUAAUGAAAUAUUUGACAAUGCAAUGGCCGGUGUUUGGAUUAAAACAGACAGUAAUCCCACACUCAGACGGAACAAAAUCCAUGAUGGCCGUGACGGGGGUAUCUGCAUAUUUAACGGAGGCAGGGGACUUCUUGAAGAAAAUGAUAUCUUCAGGAAUGCUCAAGCUGGUGUCCUUAUCAGCACAAACAGUCAUCCAGUGUUACGGAAGAACAGGAUAUUUGAUGGAUUUGCAGCAGGUAUUGAAAUAACAAAUCAUGCUACAGCUACUCUAGAAAACAAUCAGAUAUUCAACAACCGGUUUGGAGGGUUGUUUCUGGCAUCUGGUGUGAAUGUUUCAAUGAAAGAUAAUAAAAUAAUGAACAAUCAAGAUGCCAUUGAGAAGGCUGUUAAUAGGGGCCAAUGCUUGUAUAAGAUAUCCAGUUACACCAGCUACCCAAUGCACGAUUUUUACAGGUGUCAUACCUGCAAUACAACAGAUCGAAAUGCAAUCUGUGUAAAUUGCAUUAAAAAAUGCCAUCAAGGACAUGAUGUGGAAUUCAUUAGACAUGAUAGAUUUUUCUGUGAUUGUGGUGCUGGAACACUUUCAAAUCCUUGCACAUUAGCUGGAGAACCCACGCAUGAUACAGACACUUUGUAUGACUCUGCACCACCAAUAGAGUCCAAUACCUUGCAACAUAAUUGAGUUUGUGUAUCCUGCCAUUCUAAUCAAACGGAACUCCAUUUGUACAAAAACACUCUGGGGACAGAAAAAUAUAAUUUGCUCAGAUCUUCAGGAAGAAUGUGUCAUGAUUUGUUCAGCAGUCGUGCAUGUGUGGAUGACACUGGAGUCCAGUCGGGUGCUCUGGCAGUGAAGGAAAGGAGCAAUCUGCUAACUCAGGAUUAAGAGAAGACUGGGUAUAAUUAGCAUUACUACAGACUAAACAGUCAGCAGUGUACUGUCCAAGGGACAAAAAGGCUUACACUGGUUUUUGUACCCCAAAUGCCAUCUUGUGCAGCUGCAUUGCAAUUAUAUAGGAAAACUGUUGUUGGACACAGCAUCACAGAAACCACAGGACUAUGAUACAGUACCUAUGGCCAAUGGGUACUGAUUGGGUUGGUGUAUGUAUGAAAUUGUGAUCUAGCACUUCUGUUUUUGAUUUUUUUUUUAAAUAUUCAACUGAGACAACUGAUUUUAAUGCUUUUUCUCAUGUAGCUUUUUUGUAAGUUCAAGCAAAACAUUGUACUUGAAUGUGUCCUGUUUUGUUAGCAGAACUAGACUUGCUGUAACUAUACUCAUGUCCCAGUAUCUUAAGUUCUUUCUAUGAAAGAGAAAAGAAACACUAAUCAAUUGUAUUCCUGAGCUAUUGAUUAUUACAGAACAUGGAUAUGUUCUUUUUAAAGUUGUUUCCAUGUCAAACUUAUACUUUUGAGACUGAUGGGGCUCAGUGGAAAAAAAAGCAUAUGAAAUAGUAUCAGUAUUUUCACCCCUACUAAAGGAAUUAAAUGUUUCAUUACCAUGUAAAUAUUGUUACAAAAAGUAACUUCCAGUGCCAUUUUGGCAAUGCUUCUCCCUGUAAUGAAGCAUUUAAGUAUAUAUGUACAUAUACUCAGUCUCUCUUCAAUAGUUAUUCAUUAAUGCGUAUUGGUGACAGUGGGUAAAAUCAUCAGCUUGAAAGUGUAUGCAUGUACCAUAACAUCCUAGACUUAAUAUAUUGUGGAGUAUUCAAUAACCAUUAUGUAGAUGCUAGGUAACAAUAAAAGGGUUUAAUUUCCUA